UCUGCCAAAGGGGCGGGUGGCUGAGGUCAGCAGGAGGAGCCUCGUCAAGCGGAGCGGAGCCCAGCCCGGAUCUGACUUGCCCCGACUUGCCUUGCCGCCCCUCUUCUUUCCCUUCCUUCCUUCCUUCCUUCCUUCCGUCUCUCCUUCCCCAGGCUACGAAGCCAGGUGCAUCCCAGGCCAGACCCGGCAGGUUAAAGCUCCAAAGGAACCAUGCCCCCCAAGCGCAAGGUUUCUGCCCGAACCCCGGCUCCUGUCAAGGGAAAGAAGAUUAAAAAGGAGCCUGAGCCAGAGCCUGAACCAGAGGAAGACAGUUUCCGUUCCACUUUGGUGGCUUUGAAGGCAGCUCCCAAGGAGAAGCUGAAGAGUAAAAUUGACUCUGUUUGUUGGCUGAGCAACUCUGCUGAUGGUAAGAUUUAUGAGGACUAUGACUGCAUGCUGAACCAAACCAACAUUGGUCACAACAACAACAAGUUCUACAUCAUCCAACUCAUAGAAGAGAAUGGGAAAUACAGUUGUUGGAACCGCUGGGGCCGUGUGGGUGAAGCAGGACAGUCAAAACUCAGCAGUUUCCCAUCCUUGGAAGCUGCCAAGAAAGAUUUUGAGAAGAAGUUUCGGGACAAGACAAAGAACAACUGGGCUGACAGAGAGAACUUUGUCUGUCAUGAUGGCAAAUAUACCCUGAUUGAGGUGCAACAAGGGGAUGAAGAAGACCAAGAAGUGAUACUUAAGGUGGACAGCACAGAUGGAGUGAAGCCAUCCAAGCAGAGAAUACUACCAUGCACCUUGAAUAAGCCAACCCAGGAACUGGUCUCCCUCAUCUUCAGCAAUGACAUGUUUAAAGAUGCUAUGCAGACCAUGAAUAUAGAUGUGAAGAAGAUGCCCUUAGGGAAGCUAAGCAAACAGCAGAUUGCCAAAGGCUUUGAAGCCUUGGAGGCCAUAGAAACAGCCCUGCAGGAGCAGUCAUGUUCCCAGAAGAAGUUGGAAGAGCUUUCCUCUCGCUUCUACACCAUCAUCCCUCAUAACUUUGGCCGCUGUCGUCCUCCAGCCAUUAAUACACAAGAGAUCAUCCAGGCUAAGAAAGAUAUGCUGUUGGUACUGGCAGAUAUUGAAUUGGCCCAAAGUUUACAGGCCCAGAAAAAGGAGAAGGAAGAAGAGGAGGAGGAGAUGAAGGAAGUACCACAUCCACUGGACAAGGACUAUGGACUCUUGAAGUGCCAGCUCACCCUGGUAGACCCAUCAGUAGAGGAUUAUAAGCUGACUGUAAACUACAUAGAGAAGACAGGCUGCAGUUACCGAAAACUUAACGUCAUGAAUAUUUGGAAAGUUAACAGGGAGGGUGAGGGUAGCCGUUUCAAGAUCCAUGACCAUCUGGAAAACAGGCGUCUGCUGUGGCAUGGCACCAAUGUUGCAGUUGUUGCUGCCAUCCUGAAGAGUGGCCUGCGCAUCAUGCCACACUCUGGUGGACGUGUGGGCAAGGGCCUGUACUUUGCAUCUGAGAACAGUAAAUCGGCAGGCUAUGUUGGCACCACCUCCAAGCAGGUGGGGAUCAUGUUCCUGAAUGAGGUGGCCCUCGGCAAAGAGUAUCGUAUCACCUGCGAUGACUCUUCCCUACGCAAACCCCCAAAUGGUUAUGACAGUGUCUUGGCCUGUGGCAGGACUGAACCUGACCCUGCGCGUGAUAAAGAAUUAAUCCUGGACGGGAAAAAAGUACUGAUCUCCCAAGGAAAGCCCAUUCCUAUGAAGCAAUAUGAGAACUCAUCCUUCAGCCAGAGCGAGUACCUCAUCUACCAGGAGAGUCAAUGUCGCAUCCGUUACCUCGUCCAGUUUCACUUCUGAGGAGUUUCUUGGUUUGCUCUCCUGCCAAGCCUGACAUGUUUGCAAUUGGGGCCCUUUUCUUUCUAGAGCAGUCCUGUGAGAGGGACUAUAAUACCAGUCUUGAGUGCCUUGACAUAGCUGGCAGCAUUCCCCAUCUCUACACCAAUGGUUUGUUAGGGAAUUCUGGGGUGCCAGUAGGACUGAGAAGAGAAAAAAUCAUCUCUCUUUUUUUUGUUUUGUUCAUGUUUGGCAAGUAAGAAAAAAAGAAUCUUAUUUAGUUGGUUGAAAUAUAUCCCUAAGACAGCUUUAUUGGGGCACAGCCCCUUUAGAAGCAAUCUGGACCUGUGUGUCCUGUAAAUAAAUGUGUGUAGAGUUACUUUUUUGUGUGGCUGCUUCCAUUCUCAGGUAGUCGAUAUAUCUGCUUUGGUAGCUUCCGCUUUACAGGGCGAGCUGUAUGCAAAAGGUGUGGAUGAAUUUCUUUGAUGAUGUGCACAUUCAUAUAAAAGCUGCCUGGGCAACUGUGACUUGCUAGAUGGUCUUAGAUUGUGGCUGCCAGCAUCCUCUCCAGCUCUUAUGUAGACUCAAGCUGGAGAGAAUUAUUAUCUAGCAUAACACUUCUGGUAUAAAGAGACCUAUACCGGUUUGUAUUCCCUUUCUGCCUAAAGUCAGAAUGGAGAAUGCCUGGCCUUUUAGAUGUUUUUGAGAAUCUAAUUCCAUUCAACAGUUACCAGCAUAAUAAAUGGUAAGAGAUGCAUUUCAAAACAUCUGGACAGCUACAACUUAUUCUCUGGCCAGAUUCAUUUUACAGAUUGUAGCAUCUCCCACAUUGCCCCUCUCCCAUACCAAAUACCAAAGUUGACUAGUUUGACAGUUGAGCCUUAUAUCAAAAAUAGCAACAGAACAGUAUCUGAGGGCAAAAGACAAGCUCACGGGGAAGCAGGGAAGCAAAAUGACACACACAGUUCUACGUUUGUCAUGCCUUCAGUGCUCUUCCCCCCACUUCCCCAUCCAUAUCUGUUACCUGAGGCAUCUGUCUCCAUCUGCCUAAGGGCAGGGCUGGCCCAGCUCAAGUGAUAAACAGCUUUUACAUUAUCUCCCAGUAUAAUGGCAAAACCUUGCACUCCUUUUGUGCAGUUGUUGCUUUAUAAGUGGCUUAUCUGACUGUUCACCCACUCAUUUCUAGUACCUUUGCUGCUACAGAGCCAGAGAAACUGACAAAAGGUAGCCAUGAAAUCACAACUUGAGAAAUUUAGAUAGAAGAUACAGACAGCCCUUUUCUAUUUGUUGAGCACUUUACCAGGUGGGGAAAAGCUGUUGCCUAUGUUUUUCCACAUAUUCUCAUUCCUACUACACCCAGGUUUGAUGUGGACACUUUAUUGUAUUUAAGUCAAUGGAAAAAUGACAAUAUUUAUUUAUUAUAUUUGUGACUAUAUUCCUACCAGUAUAUUCAAGAUGGAAUAUUAAUACUCUUAUUCCCGAGUCUUUCUUCACAAUAGCUCUAGGAUAGGCCAGACUCAAAGAGAGUGAGUGGUAAUCCAGAGGAUUUAAUGGCAUAUCAGGAACUGGAUCAUUAUAGCACACAGGCUUUGGGAAUUCAACCUACAUCAGGACUUGGGAAAGUGUGUUUCCAUCUUCACCACAAAUGUCCUGCCCUGCCACACAAAGUUUGUCUGUAUGGCUGAGCCCAAAGCAGGAAUGGCCAGUGGACAGAACAGAUACCAGUAAAUUUGUAUUUGUUCUGUCCUUCCUUUUAGUCCUACUUUGAGAUUAAAGAGCUAGGCUUCUGGAUCUUUAAUAGUAUUUGAGCAGUUGGUGUUCCUGUGAAAGAGGAAGAAGAGCCUCAGCCCCAAAUGUUCUUUUUAGGGGGUCAAUGAGUUUUAUUUGUCAAGUAUGCUACAGUCAAUCUCUCUCUAUAAUUACAGCUCCUAUCACCAUAGUAUUCUUGUGUUUCUUCUGUAUUUACAGAGCAAAAUAAUAAUUACACGGGAGGGGGGUAUUCCCUGCUGCUUACUCCCAGCUUGAAGAAGAAAUGGCUAGAGUGGUUUAUGAGCCUGCUUUUAAUUUGUGUGAAUGAUUAUCUCAAAAAUUACUGAUAGGAAUCUCAGUCUCUAAGUUUGAGCUCGUUGUUUUACUGGCAUAGCUCAGAUAACAAUGUGUUCCUGGGUGUUUCUUCUUUAACAAAAAUAUGAUACCCAAAGGCAGGGAUAGUGUGGAUAAAAUAAGGAUACGUUCCUGUACCACUCAAAAGAAGAGCAGCUCACCUUGUUUCAGCAGACUUUUUGCCCCAAACUAACAAUAUGCACAUGUGAAAUAAAACCAGGUCUGGUAAGUCCUUGCAUAAGUAAGCAAAGACAUUCUGAGGCUCAUGGAGACCACUUUCCUUCUUUCAAAAUGCUUCCAGAGAUUACUUUUCUUUCACAGAACUGUAACUUUUCAUGAUUUCUGUUUUCUUGCCCAAACUUAGAAACCUAUGAUUUUGUUUAAUGUGCUGGAAUAGCUAAUGAGGCAGGCUUACAUGCUUUCACAUUUUUGUUCUGUUUUGCUGUUUACAUGUUCUCAGUAAGGGAGUCUGGGGGCAGCUGCUGCUUAUCUUGGUCUUUUUAUAUAAACGCAUUCUGAAACAGUAAGAUCAACUAGAGAAGAAUUCAUUUUCCCAUCUCAAGCUUUAUUGCGAUGUUUACUGCAGACAUGCAGUUCCAAUCCAGCACUUUUUAAAAAUUGUGUCAGAAGCAACUCAAGAAACUGCAAGUCGCUUCUGGUGUGAGAGAAUUGGCCAUCUGCAAAGACAUUGCCCAGGGGAUGCCCAGAUGUGUUACCAUCUUGUGGGAGGUUUCUGUCAUGUCUCUGCAUAAGAAGCUGGGACUGACAGAAGGGAGCUCACCCUGUCUUGCAGAUACACAAGCUUCCAGUGCUGGAUUAGGAGCCAUGGUAGCACAAUGGGUUAAAUCCUUGUGCCAGCUGAACUGUUGACCUGAAGGUUGGUGUUUCGAUUCUUUAUCCCCCACCACCCUCCCAGUGCCAAUACCGAAUGUUUUGUUUUGUUUUUUAAAAAUGCAGCUAGCAAGAAAACAAAGAGAAGUUGGAGAUCAAAUGGGUAUGAAAGGACUUUGUGAGAAGAACCUUCUUUGUUAGAGGCUUUGUUAGCUGAGUUAUACAUUUAUUAAUAAGACCUACAGCCUAACCUCUUUGGGAGCUGCAUUUCAUGAAAUAUGAAGCUGUCCCAUAUUGUUCAGUUAUAUGUAGGAAAACCUUUCUCAUUCAUUGAGUUUCUCUGGAGUCCACGUACAUUUCCUCCCAGUUGUUUUUUUGUGUGAAACUGGUUUCUUCUGAUAUUGCAAUUCAUGCUAAAUGUUGAGUGCUUUGUUUAUUUACAUGCACAAUUUGUAUCUGGCUUAAAUACACCUUGUUUUGUCUUCAUUUGGCUCCUUGGAAAGUGAAGUUUCACAAAUAUGUUGAAUGCUCCAGGUAAGAGACACAUUGUCUUACAAGUUCUUAGAAAGUGGAGGCACUUUAGUCAAGACCAAGACAACUUUUCCCAGCUCUUAGCCCAAUAUUACUUCAUUUGCUUGGCAGUUGCUCUACUCCACUGUGUCAUGGUGGGGUCUCCAAGCAGCGGUCAGAAACCUGUUACCAUGUUGAGCUGCUGAUAAGCGGACCUCAGAAUGUAUCCGUGCAACAUGGGCGCUCUUCUACUGGACCUCAUUGUCUAGUUUAUUUCCACUUCAGAAAACCAUAAAAGAACUAUCCAUAUAGUAGGUACAAAUUAAUAGUCAUGAAACUAGACAAUGGAAAGCCAUGACGUCAUAUAUAAUCCUUAAAACCAAGUAUAAGACAAGGAGAGGAGCUAAAUCAAUGAUUUCCUUGUAUUUUGGCUGUGUCUUUCCUCAGCCUAGAAGGCACAAUGGUGGACUCACACAUAUUGCCGCAGUAGUGAGGACCAAAAGGAGAGCACAGCCCAUCACCGCAUGCCUUCAUCUCAACACAGAACAAUGCUACUUUCUUUUCUUUUGAAGCAACAAGUGUGUGAGUGUGCAUGAGAGAGAGAACCGACAAUACUUCCUUGUCAUCAAUUGUCUUGUUCUCGCUGCAACAUGACAUCACAACUCCAUCAAAACACCAGUCUGGCAAGUCCAAGCAAUCCAGCAGCCCCAUGUUAAGUCUGUCAGGUAUUGGCAUCUAUCUUUUGAUAAAAAUAGGAUGCAUUGUUCCCGGGCAGCAAUACUCUAAGGAGCAAAUAUAACAGGCAGUAAAUAUAGCAAACAAACAAGCAAAACAUUGCAGGACUGUGGCAGUAUUUCAUAGUUCAAAUGGCACUGUAUAUCACAUCAUUAAUAAAUAUCUUUUCAAUGA